AUGGCUAGGGUUGCUGGUGCGCUUCAACAAAGUCUUUCUCUCGAACACAAUGAUUCUGACUUUUCUUCAGACACUUCAGACACUUCGUUUGAUUCUGAUGAUACCAAGAACCCCCGCCAAAAGAAGGCCAAAGCUGUGUCAAAAUCAUUCCAAAAGAUAAAGCCACAAAGUGGGUUUGUACCUGAUGCGGUCUCCAAGAUCUUCAACGGUACUGAUUUCUCAUAUUUGAAGUUAAGACCAGACCAUGUUUCAAGACCCAUUUGGAUUUACGAGGCAGUGGAUAAAAUCAUCAUUAUUCUUGAAUCUUUUUCCCCACUAGCCGAACAGGCCCAAGAUUUCCUAAUCACCAUUGCCGAACCAGUUUCUAGACCUUCCCAUGUCCAUGAAUAUCGUAUUACCCUUCAUUCGCUAUAUGCUGCAGUAUCGGUGGGGUUGGAAACCGAGGACAUUAUUGUGGUGUUGAAUCGAUUUUCAAAAGUCCCGAUCGCCGACUCUAUCAUCAAUUUCAUCAGAGCGGCUACCAAGUCUAUUGGUAAAGUGAAGUUGGUUUUGAAACAUAAUAGAUAUUUUGUGGAAAGUCCUCAGGCAGAUAUUUUGCGAAUGUUAUUACAAGAUCCGAUUAUUGGUAAAUUGAAAAUUGAUUCUAAAGAUUCCAUCAAGAAUGGGGACUCAGAACAAUCGCAGAAUGCCCUGACGACCACUAAUGGACAGAAUAAUAACCCUUCAUCAUCUAAUGAUCCAAAUGAGAGGCUUCUUAAUUCUGUGGUUGGUGAAACUAAGGAUGCCGGUAAUGGGAUUGAAGAUGAACAGGACGAUGAUAAUGAUGAUGAUUUUGAUAAGGUUCACUCUUUCGAAAUCGCGGUUGAAUCGGUGGAAGACGUAAAAAGAAGAUGUUUAGAUAUCGAUUAUCCAGUGUUGGAAGAAUACGAUUUUAGAAAUGAUUCCAUCAAUGCAAACUUGGAUAUUGGUUUGAAGGCGUCGACAAAAGUUAGACCGUACCAAGAGAAAUCUUUGAGUAAGAUGUUUGGGAAUGGUAGAGCAAGAUCCGGUAUCAUUGUUUUACCUUGUGGUGCCGGUAAAACCUUGGUGGGUAUCACUGCGGCCUGUACCAUUAAGAAAUCCGUGGUAGUAUUGUGUACCUCGUCGGUGUCCGCGGUUCAAUGGAGAGAUCAAUUCUUACAAUGGUGCACAAUCCACCCUGAUAACGUCUCGGUGUUCACCUCGGACUCUAAAGAAAUUUUUAAAGGUGAUGCCGGGCUAGUGGUGUCGACGUAUUCGAUGGUGGCGAAUACUAGAAACCGGUCACAUCAAUCACAAAAGGUCAUGGACUUUUUAACUUCUAGAGAAUGGGGGUUCAUCAUUUUAGAUGAGGUUCAUGUGGUGCCGGCGGAAAUGUUUAGAAGGGUGAUCACCACAAUCAAGGCUCACGCCAAGCUAGGGUUGACGGCGACGUUGGUUCGUGAAGAUAACAAGAUUGGCGAUUUAAACUUUUUAAUCGGUCCGAAAUUAUAUGAAGCCAACUGGAUGGAUUUGGCGCAAAAGGGUCACAUUGCCAAAGUCCAGUGUGCCGAAGUGUGGUGUCCGAUGACCAGUGAAUUUUAUCAAGAAUAUUUACGACAAAACGCCAGAAAGAAGAUGUUGUUGUACGUCAUGAACCCAACGAAAUUCCAAGCUUGUCAAUUCUUGAUCCAUUACCAUGAAAAACGAGGGGACAAAAUCAUUGUGUUUUCAGAUAACGUUUAUGCUUUAAGGGAAUACGCAUUGAAGUUGGAAAAGCAUUUCAUUUGCGGGGAUACCCCACAACACGAACGUUUGGAUAUCUUGAAAAAUUUCCAAUUGAAUGAAAACGUUAACACAAUUUUUCUUUCGAAAGUCGGUGACACCUCGAUUGAUUUACCCGAGGCCACCUGUUUGAUCCAAAUCUCGUCGCAUUAUGGUUCUCGUAGACAAGAAGCCCAGAGAUUGGGAAGAAUCUUGAGAGCCAAAAGAAGAAACGAUGAAGGUUUCAAUGCGUUUUUCUACUCGCUUGUUUCAAAGGAUACCCAAGAAAUGUAUUACUCUACAAAAAGGCAAGCAUUCUUAGUUGAUCAAGGUUACGCUUUCAAAGUUAUCACUCACUUGAAUGGGAUGGAAAGUCUUCCAAACUUGGCGUACUCAUCAGCAAAAGAAAGAAGGGAAUUAUUACAGGAUAUCUUAUUGAAAAAUGAAGAGUUGGCAAACCUUGAAGAAGGUGACGAUGCCGAUGACGUUAUUGGCAGAUCCGCAAAUGCCGCUAAGAAAAGAAGAAAUAAGGCAAAAAGAACCGCUGGUUCUUUGGCAAGUCAUGCUGGUGGUGAAGAUAUGGCUUACGUUGAGCACGGUAGAAAUAGAAAUAAGGAAUUAAGAGAACACAGUUCUCUUAUGCAAAAAUUAUAUUAUAAGAAAUGA